GUCUGCUCGCGGGCUCAUGGGCCUGCUCGUCCUGGCCUCAUCCACCGGCGUCGUAUAUAUAGGUGGAGGGCCGGUCGCUCCGCCAGUCUUUCCGCGCCCGUCCAGCCUCGUCGCCUCGUCCCGGUUACCCUCCAGCACCAUGAGCGUCAUCUUCCACCGCAUCGCCAACACCCUCGUGUACUUCCUCUUCCUCGGAAGCCACCUGUACUCGUUCCUGGGUCCCGCCAAGGGCACCGACUUUUACGGUCUUCACCCCACCUACAUCACCCCUGCCUCCUGGGCCUUUGCCAUCUGGGGUCUGAUCCACUUCCUCUUCGGUGGCUUCGCCAUCUGGCAGUGGCUCCCCGGAACUGAGGAGAUCGUCCACCACGGUGUCGCUGGCUGGUUCAUCCUUGCCGCCCUCCUCUCCAACUUCUGGCUCGGCUACUGGCAAGCCGGCCACCUCGUCCUCGCCCUCUUCGUCCUCAUCCUCGCCUCCGGCUCCGUCUCCAUUCUCUACUACCAGCUCACCAACCUCUACCCCGCCGAGACUCUCAUCCAGUCCGUCUUUGUCCACGCCCCCGUCUCCCUUUGGCACGGCUGGCUCGUCUUUGUCUUCUGGAUCAACCUCCUCGCCGUCUUUGUCCCUGCCAACGUCGAUGCUGAUCCCAGCUGGAUCCAGGUUGCCGUCUCGGUCUUUGUCCUCAUCGAGCUGAUUGCCACCGCCGUCGGCUACACUGAGUACAAGAGCAAGUACGGCGAUGUUGCCGGUGCCUUUGUCAUCACCUGGACCCUCGCUGCCAUUGCUGCCAACCAGCACAACGGCUGGAUCCACUACACUGCCAUCGUCGGUGUCAUCGUCGUUGUCCUCUACGCCCUCGGCCGCCCCGUCCGCGCCCGCCGCGAGUCGUCCGAGUACCAGCCCAUCCUCGGAUAAUUUCGCACGCGAUCGCGAGUGUCACCCAAGUUUUGCUCGACAGCCCGAGCCGCUGCCCUGUGCCCCACGCCGCACAGCGGCAGACCACACCCACAAACCGGGUCCCCUUUUUUUCCCCUUGCCCAUGACCCGUCUCUCUCCUGUCCAUUACCCACUGUCCAAUACACCGCCGACCUUGUUCUUUUCGACUUGC